AUGUUCAUAGAAAUAUUUACUGCCAACGAAGAGACUCAUAUGCUCCUAUACAAUAUGAUAAUCGUGAAAGAACACAGAAAUGAAUUGCUGGUGAAUAAAUGUCUUUGUUCACUUGAUAUGAUAAUAUUAGACUUUACCAAAUUCAUUUUUUCGUCGUUUUUAGUUAUGUUAAAAAUCGUUGUGCUUUUAUUAUUCUUGUUCAUAUCGAAAUGUGAGAAUUAUUCAUUUCGGUACCUUCAAGAGAGAGAACCCGGUCCUUCGCCCUGGGGAAAGUAUCGAAUUUCGCCAAAAACCGGUGUGAAAAUUGCAUUACCAACACCUGAACAGCUUCAGUGGCAAGCACAAGAACUAGGUGUACUUAUUCAUUUUAAUAUCGCCACGUAUAUUGAUGGCGAUGGAUGCACUGGACAGAUAGUUCCAAAUAUUUCCCUAUUUCAACCAUAUUUGUUGAAUACGGAUAAUUGGGUUCAAACAAUGGUUGAUUUUGGUGCUCAAUAUGCUGUUCUAGUUGGAAAACAUGCUUGUGGAUUUCAUAUGGCACCUACGGAUGUUAAAUUUCCAGUGAAUCCCUCGGGUCGAAUUAUCCCUUAUACAUAUUCGAUUGAUUAUUCGCCAAUGAAGGGUAGAGAUGUUUUGGGAGAAUUCAUUGCUAGUUGUAAGAAAAAACAAAUACGGACUGGAUUUUAUUAUACAGUUGUUAAUAAUAACUGGUUUGACGUGGAUAGAGGCUAUGUUCAAAACCGUUCGCUGCAACCAGGUCAAGUAAAUAUCACACAAAAAACAUACGAAAAUAUUGUUUUACAGCAGUUGAGUGAAAUUUGGACCAGGUAUGGUAAAUUAGAAGAAAUUUGGUUUGAUGGAGGAUAUACAGAAGAUAUGAAAGAACCCAUAACUGCUUUAUUGGCUGAACUUCAACCUCAGGCGAUUGCUUUCAAUGGCUAUGGUGUUUCGACAAAUCCAGCUCGGUGGAUUGGCACGGAAAUGGGCAUUGCACCCGAUCCAAACUGGUCAACGGGUGUAACUAACGAUGGCGGCGAUCCUGAUAGUCCAAUCUUUUGUCCUGCAGAAUGUGAUACAACACUUCAGAAUCACGAUCGAUGGUUUUGGGGUAUCAACGCAACACUUCGUCCAUUGUCAGAACUUAUUCAAGUUUAUCAUGAAACAGUUGGACGAAAUUGCAUCUUGAUGUUAGAUCUUACACCUGAUCGAACUGGUAUCAUCCCACCAGAAUAUGCACGUCGUUAUAAAGAACUCGGUGAUUUCAUUCGUUCCUGCUAUGGUACCUCAGUCACACCUACACAACAACUCAUCGUCCGAGACUCCUCGCUUCACAUCCUACGAUUCGAUGCAACACCUGUCACCGUCGAUCGCUCAGUCAUUCAAGAAGAUCAAACAAAUGGACAAGUCAUUCGAGCUUACACUGUCGACAUACAACUAGUCAAUGCAACACAUUCUGAUCAAUGGAUCACCGUGGCAAAAGGUACCAGUGUCGGAAACAAGAAGAUUGACAUCUGGUCAAUUGGAGCACAGUUAGUAAACGGUGUCCGACUGAACAUCACCAAAUCCGUGGACACACCAGUGAUCAAAACAUUUACAGUUCAUUUGUGUAAUUGA